AUGUCUGAAAAAGUAACCGUGAAUGAUAUUCCAUACCCCCACGGAAACCCAUUUGAAAGUAUAACCAAAAACUUGUUGUUAGAUAAUUUAGCCAAAAUAAACUAUGAUUAUAUUCAGAAUAAAUAUAAUAAGAAAUCACCGUUUGUUAAAGUCAAAGAAUACGUUGCUUCAUAUUUCAACCAACCCGAUUCAGAAACAGGAGAGCUUAAUAGGCUAUACGAGGACCAAGAGAAUGCAAUAGUGUAUGAAGAUUGGUUGAGUAUAAGUUUGAUGUUGGACAAAUCAGAAGGGAACGAUGCUUGGAAGGAGACAGAGGAAUCCAGCUUGUACGAUUACAGAGCAGUAAGAGAGCAAUUAGAUAAGCUGAGGAAGCUGAAAUUGGAAAGGAAGUACGAGGAAAUACUCUAUAUAAUAAGAACAGAAUGGAGGAGAGAUUUUGCAAAUAUCAACAAUGAGCGUUUAUAUAAGAAAUGUCACGUUGGCACAAAAUCUUUGAUAAGGGAAUAUAUUGAUGAGUGUGUUUCGAUCUUAAAACUAUUAGUGUCUGAUGAAUGUUUCUUAGAUGAUGAUUUUAUGCUUGAUAUUUUAAUGGAAUCCAAAAGAAACUAUGGAAGAACCGCAAUAACCAUGAGCGGAGGUGGUUCUUUUGGGUUGAUAGGAAUAGGUGUAUUCUCAACUUUACUUGAAAACGAGCUAUUUCCUAAAAUCAUAUCGGGGUCUAGUGCAGGAUCUAUUGUGAGCUCGAUAAUGUGCUCCAAAACAAGUGAUGAAUUGAAACACAUCUUACGAAGUUUGUUCGAUAGGAACUUCCAAGUUUUUGACCUUGACUCCGAUAAUGAUAGUUUUUACACCCACUUGUCAAGGCUAUUGAAACAUGGUGUUUGGUUUGAUAGCAAAAACUUACAAGCAACUAUGAAAGAGUUUCUAGGCAAUAUGACCUUUAGGGAAGCCUUCAACAAAACUGGCUCGAUUUUGAACAUAACUGUCUCAUCCGUCUCUGUUCAUGAUCAACCAACCUUAUUAAAUUAUCUAACUGCACCGAAUGUUCUUAUUUGGUCAGCGGUUUGUGCGAGCUGCUCACUACCUGUUGUUUUUGCGUCAUCAACAAUUUACGAGAAGAAUUUGGAGACAGGUGAAAUAGAGGAAUGGUCAAACCCAUCACUCAAAUUUGUCGAUGGUUCUUUAAAAUCAGACUUGCCCAUUUCAAGGUUAUCAGAAAUGUUCAAUGUUAACCAUACGAUAGCAUGUCAAGUAAACCCUCAUAUUUCACCACUAGUUAAGUUAUCAUCCGAAUGUGAAGACUUAAUUUCCACAAGUUCUAGCUGGAGCUUGAAAAUGUUGUCAUAUAAUCUAUCAAAUAUACUAACGAUGGAAGUCGUUCAUUAUUGCGAUUUGCUAAUUGAAUUGGGGAUAUUAUCCAACUUUGCUACAAAAAUCAGACAACUGUUCACCCAAUCAUAUACUGGAGAUAUUACGAUUUUACCAGAACUAAAACUUGAUGAACAAAAGUUACUACUAUCCAACCCCACGCCAACUUUUCUUUGGGAAUGUAUACUCAAAGGCGCACGAGCUACGUGGCCAUCGCUAUCAUUCAUCAAGGACCAAAAUGCUGUUGAGUUUACCAUGGAUAAAUGUAUAGCUGUACUAAAGUCACGUGUUGUGUUUGAGAAGCGUUUUUCAUCAAGUACCGCUUUGUCAAUCAAAAAGUUUGAAGUUACGCCGCCAAGGAUACACAAGAGUCAAUCGAUCGUUAGCUACACAGACCUUCGUAGGAAUAGCACUGAUAGGGCAAGACGAGAAACAGAUGCAAGUACGAGAUUAUUCCCUAAAGUGCCAUCUUCUACUUAUGUAGCUGCCAACGGCAAAAACAAAAGAUUUACCAAGAAACAUCGAGACAGCAACAAUCCAAUAAAUACCGGACGUUCAUUUGAAUCGUUCAGACAAAUCAAAUGGAAAGUGAAUGCAGAAGGCACAGGUGUUUCUCCCAAGAAAAGACAAACGAGGUCAUUUUCGUUUUCGCAGCCACAUGAACGAAGGAAUAGUUUUAAAGAGGAAAUUUCAAGAUAG